AUGGUGCUGACUUGCGCCGUAUUUGGCGCCCCGCUAGGCCCGCCUCCGGGAGCACUUCCGGAUAGAACUUACCUAGAGAAUAAGCCAAUCAGAAGACGAAUCUUGCCUGCCGAGGAAAGGGACCAUUUCGUGUAUCUGCCUGGAAGCCAAUCAGCGGCCCAAGCGAGAAAGGGGCGGAACCUGACCUGCGUAGCUAGGGCAGCUACAGCAGCUGUCACGCCACUGUCUCUUCCACGCUUCUGUCUCUGCCCAGCUGAGGAGAUGACCGUGGGGAGCUCCUCGGGAAGCUCCUGCGGCGCUCAGUGGAGUCCUCAGAUGUUUCCCCCCAAAUCCUCCUCAGACACAGAGACAGAAGAGCAGCCGCCUGGGGAUGGGCUGGUUUUGCCCAGAGCUGGCAGGCUCAGUGAGUUCCUCAGCCCAGAGGAGGAGACAGAUUCUACUUCUGAUUCAACGGGGAGCUUUUAUGAGACCCUGCAAGCGCUGAGGCAGAAAGGCAGGUGGUGCCUGUUGGAAUCCCUUUAUCCCUCUGACCCAGACAGUGAUGGGAGCCUCUCUGAAGAUGACGAGGACCUGGACAGUUUCUUCCAAGACAAAGGCAGGGGGAAGCCACAGGUGCACCACCCCUCAUCUCCAAGGUGCGGCUCCAGAAGACGCUGCCACUCCCUGAGCCACCUGCCCAGUGACACCCCCACGGCUCAGCCACCCUCUGGCUCCAGGCCUCCCUCCCAGCACAGAAGCAUCAGCUCCUGGGCAUCAUCCAUCACCGUCCCUCAGCCAUUCCGCAUGACGCUGCGAGAGGCCAGGAAGAAGGCCCAGUGGCUGGCCUCCCCUGCCUCUUUUGAGCACGAGAGGCAGCAGGCCCAGAAGCAGGGCCAGGAGGAGGCCGAGUGCCACCGGCAGUUCCGGGCACAGCCCGUGCCUGCGCAUGUCUACCUGCCCCUCUACCAGGAGAUCGUGGAGCGCAGCGAGGCGCGCAGGCGGGCAGGGAUCCAGAAGAGGAAGGAACUGCUCCUCUCUUCCUUGAAGCCCUUCAGCUUCCUGGAGAAGGAGGAGCAGCGAAAGAAAGCUGCUCAACAGAGGGACUUGGCCGCCGCAGCUAAGGUCAAAGUCCCCAAGCAGAAGGCCACCAAGAGGAUCCCCAAGUCCAUUCUGGAGCCCACCCUCGGGGACAAACUCCAAGAAGCUGAGCUCUUGAGGAAAAUUCGCAUCCAGAUGAGAGCCCUGGACAUGCUGCAGAUGGCCUCCUCCCCCAUCCCGUCCUCCAGUAGCCGCCGGGCUGACCCACAGCUUCGCACAGCCACCCGGACCCGGAAGGAAAAGCUUGGGUUUCUGCAAACUGACUUUGGAUUCCAGCCUCGGGUGAAUCCUGUCGUCCCUGACUAUGAGGGCCUUUACAAGGCCUUCCAGAAAAGAGCCGCCAAGAGAAGGGACACGAGGGAGGUGACCCGCAACAAGCCCUUCUUGCUGAGAACCGCCAGCCUGCGUCACACUUCACGGCCCUGUGAUGUCGCUGCCUCUGAAGGGAGGAGGGAAUCUCCACAGCCCCCCGCCACACCCCUGCCAAGGAGUCGUUCCCUGAGUGGCCUUGCUUCCCUCUCUGCCAACACCCUCCCUGUGCACAUCACAGACGCCACCAGGAAGAGGGAGUCUGCAGUCAGAAGUUCACUUGAGAAAAAGGACAAAGCAGAUGAAAGUACUCAGUGGUUGGAGAUGCACAAAAGGAAGUGUCAAGAGAUAUCGAAAUCUGUGACUUUGCGUGCAAAAGCCAUGGAUCCCCAUAAAAGCCUGGAGGAAGUAUUCAAAGCAAAGCUGAAAGAGAAUAGGAACAAUGACCGUAAAAGAGCAAAAGAGUAUAAGAAAGAACUGGAGGAAAUGAAGAAGAGAAUACAAAUAAGGCCCUAUCUCUUUGAACAAGUUACCAAGGAUCUUGCCAGGAAGGAAGCAGAACAACGGUAUCGAAACACCCUGAAGCAGGCUGGGCUGGAUGAAGACUUUGUGAAGAACAAGGGUCAGGGCAACCAGGCUUCACAGUGGAAGGAGCAGUCAGAAGUCCAUGAUUGUCCCAGCACUCAUGAAACUACAAAACUCCAGCAUCAGGAAUCCACACAGGAUCUAGAAGAAUCUCUACAACAGCCUACAAGUCCCAAGAAAGAACUGGAGAAGCUCUCUUAUGAAUUACAAAAUAAUCUCAGAUCACUUGUUUAAUCAAUCAGUAUACUUAAAAUUACUGCUUUGGAAUAAUAUCAAGCUGCUAACUUGGAGUUGAGUCAAGGCAGGCAAAACUUGGGUUUUGAGUCACAUGGAGAAUGGGGUAAAGGAGAUAAUACAAAACGGCUCAUGUAAAUCAAAGUGGAACAGCUCUGGGUGGAGGGAUCAGAGAUGAUUAAGGGUCCUUGGUUUGUGCCUCAGGCUUUAGCAUACAGGUAUAAAAAAAAGGGCAUGAGCCCAAGUGUUUACAGGGGCUAGUCAGGAAACAAAUGGACCAAAUGGGCUGGCUGUAAGAUAGUAGGACACAGUGGAGACCAGAGAAUAUCAGCCCUGCUAGAACACAGGCUCAGAAUUACCAGAAAACCAUGUCUUCAACAGAAGCCAGAAUUUUGCAUAUUGGCAACUAAUUCAAAAACUACCUGGGGAGUUCCCACUGUGGUCCAGUGGGUUUAAGAACCCGAGAUAGUCUUAAGGAUGCAGGUUCGAUCCCUGGCCUCAAUCAGUGGGUUAAGGAUCUGGUGUUGCCACAAACUGCAGUACAGGUCCCAGAUGCAGCUUGGAUCUGGCAUUGCUAUGGCUGUGGUAUAGGCCAGUAGCUGUAGUUCCAAUUCGACCCCUUGCCUAGGAACUUCCAUAUGCCACAGGUGUGGCCAUUAAAAAAAAAAGAAAAAAAAAUUAGAAAUGGAAUUCCUGCUGUGAUGCAGCAGGUUAAGAUCUGGCAUUGUUUCUGUGGUGUCAAGAGUUUGAUCCCUGGCCAGGCGCAGUGGGAUAAGGAUCUGGCAUUACUGCAACUCAGGCAUGGAUCCAGUCCCUGGCCCAGGAACUUCCAUAUACUGCAGGUGCAGCCAAAAAAAAAAAAAAAAAAAAAAAAAAAACCUCCAAAAAUAAUGUGUGGGAAAAACCAAACACAUUUGUUUAUCAGAUUUAGCCCAUGGGGUAAGAUAAGUUUUCAACCCCAAAUACAGGGUUUCUCGGCCUCGGCACUACUGACAUUUUGGGCCAGAUGAGUCUGUGCUGGGUGUUAGAAGAGAGAGCUGUACAUUAUAGGAUGGAUAGCAGCACCUCUCUUCCCCAGCAGUGACAACCAAAAUUGUCUCCGGAUAUUAUCAAAGGUCCCCUGGGUAGCAAGAUGUCCUCAGUUGAGAACCACUGUUCUAGCAUAAAAGUAAGGCUCCUGGAAGCCAAAACUGGCAUUUUAAGAAUAUAAGUAACUGAUAUGAACUCAGUCUACACAGCAUAGGAUGACUGUGCGUGUCAUUAAACUAGGAACUAUAAUUACUUUAUUUAAAACAGCAGUUAAUGAUUAAAGGGAGUUCAAGCUGUGGCAGCCUGGUGGACUUAUGAUCCGGUGUUGCUGAAGCUAUGGCGCAAGUCGCAGCUCUGGCUCAGAUUCCAUCCCUGGCCAGGGAACGUCCACAUGAUGCCUUGUGGGCAUGGCCAGAAAAAGAAAACAAAAGAACUCCAGCAGUUAAUUCUUUGCUGUUAUCUGCUUAGAACACGCCACUGUGUGCCUGUGUGUACUGUGCCAGCAUGAGGGUCAACCCAAUAAAUAACUCUGAAACUUC